AUCAUUGUGUUGAGGAUGAGUGCUGUCACUUGGCGGCGUAUUUCUUUUCAUGUCGAAUUAAUGAUCAUUUAGCAAUGGGUUUCGGUCAUUAUUUGUGGUUCAUCACGUUUCUUUAUGUUUCAUAUAGUAACGGCGAAGAGAAACUCAAACUACUCACUGACAACAAUGAAUAUCAAAUGCUACCACCUCGUAUAUUUCUGCCUAUAAUCGCGCGUAACGUGGAACACUCCCUUCCAAACUGGCUCGGGUGUUUAGAGCGACUUGAUUAUCCUAAGGACAGAAUAUAUUUAUGGAUAAGGAGUGAUCAUAAUCUAGAUCACACUGCCAGUUUGCUUCACAUGUGGGUAAAAAAUGUCCGUUUUUUGUACCAUGGAAUCGACAUAAACACCACAAACAUAAAUGAUUCAUAUUCCGAUUCUGUGACUGUCAAUCAUUGGUCUCCCUUACGAUUCAAACGUUUGAUUCAUCUACGACAGACUGCAUUGGAGGAAGCCAGACGACUAUGGGCUGAUUAUAUACUUUUUUUAGACUGUGAUGUUUUUCUAACAAAUCCAAGUACUCUGUGGUCAUUGAUCGAGCAAAGAAAAACAAUCGUAUCUCCUAUGAUACCAUCAUUUGUUAAAAAGGCAGCAUAUUCAAACUUCUGGUGCGGUCGUGAUGAAAAAGGUUACUACAUGCGGACUGAUGAUUAUUUACCAAUAUUGAAAAGACAGAAUGUCGGUUGUCAUGAAGUAGUGAUGUUGCAUUCUGUUAUGUUAAUUGAUGUGCGACGUGCUGCAACUAGGAAACUUUAUUACGACCCGGAAGGCUCAUCUUAUGAUGGACCUUAUGAUGAUGUCAUGGUGUUUGCUCAUUCAGUUAAAGAAGCAGGAUUAAAGUUUUAUGUAUUGAAUAAAGAGCCAUAUGGAAAUUUAAUCCAGCCAGUAUCUUGGAGGUCCAGUCUACAUUAUACACAGAUGAAAUUUCAGCACACCAAAUUGGAACUCAUUGUUGAUGAUAUUGAAAUGGUGGAAAGUGCUUAUUUGCCUGUUGCAUACCCAAUUGCUGAUAAAGCUGGCUUUGAUGAGGUGUUUGUAAUCAACCUGGCUCGUCGUCCAGAUAGAAGAAAGAAAAUGAAGUUAUCUUUACAACUGUUAGGAAUAAAUGCAACUUUUGUUGAUGGAUAUGAUGGCAAACGUGUCUCAGACGAAGAAAUUGAUAAUCUUGGUAUUCAAGUUCUUGAUGGUUAUGCAGAUCCAUACCAUGGAAGACCGGUGACAAAAGGUGAAAUUGGCUGCUUUAUGAGCCACUUCUUAAUAUGGGAGAAGAUGGUGCGUGAAAAUCUUAAGGUUGUUAUGCUUCUGGAAGAUGAUAUUAGAUUUGAACUUGACUUUAGGAAAAAACUAAAUAAUGUAAUGAAAGAGGCUCAAAAACUGGAGUGGGACUUUAUGUAUCUUGGUCGCAAGUUGGUUAAUGAACAAGCUCGAGAUAUGUACAUCCCAGAUGUUAAGCUUUUGGUCAGACCUGGUUACUCUUGGUGGACUUUAGGAUAUGUCAUUACUUUAGAAGGUGCAAAAAAAUUGUUGGCACCAAAUCCAUUGCAAAGAUUCGUACCUGUUGAUGAGUAUAUACCCAUUAUGUUUGACCAACAUCCAGAAAAAGAUUGGGUUGCACAGUUCGAAGUGCGUGAUUUAAUAGCACUCUCUGCCUCUCCUUAUGUCCUUUAUCCAACACAUUAUAUUGGCGACGAAGGAUACUUUAGUGACACUGAAACUUCAACAUUUGCACCCAGAAGCAAUAAGACAAACGAGAAGACAGAUGAUUCAGGUGCACCUUCUUCUAAAGCCGAAUUGUGAUUGUAGUAUUAUGGCAAACAACCAUGCAGUUCUUAGUUUGGUUUGUUUCUCUGAAAAAGCAAGUGAUGUAAUUGAUUUUCUUUAAAAAAAUGAAUGUUUAUUUCAGUAAAGCUUACACAGAAUAAGAAAAUAUUUAAGCUUUUUUCAUGGUUUAAAAUAUUUUCAUCAUUUGCACUGUACAAUGUCUGCUAUACUGGAUGCGAUUUUUUAAAUUAAAUGCUUGUUUUCAUCUA